GUACUGUGGAAACGUUAUUUUGAUUUGAAAUUUAAAUUUUUACCCACUUAUUUUUAUUUUAUUAAAUAAAAACAUCAACAGUUUUACGUUAGCUCAUUAAUAUAAAACUAUAUUAUGAGUGUGUAGAAGUUACUUCUUCAUAUUUAAUUGAAGAAUUUUUUAAUUUUUAAGUUUAUUGUUUGAUAUUUAAGGUUUGUAUAAUAUUUAAUUUUUUUUUUUUUAUUAUUUUAUUAAUAUUGAGUAUAUUUAGAUAUUUAUGUUGCAUUUUCUCGGUAUGUGUAUUUAUUUUGUUGAUUUUAAUAUUCUUUAAUAUGUGUAUUGUGUUAGUAGUUAGACACGGGUUCUAAUUUUAAUUUAUUUUGAAAAAGUUUCAAUUUUUUAGAAAUCACAAAAUUAUGCUAUUGUGUGAUUAUAUGUUUAUGUAUAAUAUAUUGUGAUGUAUAAACACAUUCUGUAAAUAUGGUUACAGUCAUAAUGAACCGAAUUUAAAAAAGAAAUUGCCAUAAAAAAAUUGUACACUGACGGCAGAAUAUCAUAAUUUCCAAGUUAAUAUUUGGUAAAUGUUGACUGUUAAAUUUCAUUUCCAUGUAACCAUAAAAUAAUGUGCAUAGAAACACAGCUACUAUGUUGUUCAGUAUUUGUUAUUUCGGAAAAUACAGGCGCAGGCUAAUAUUUUAUGUGGGAAAGUAAGAGUAAUUUUUGAGUCUUGGCAAUGAUAAAAUAUUAUAAUUUUUUGGGCAAUAAACGAGAAAAUCAACAUUUUAUCUAAUAGAAGUUUUUAAGAGUGUCUUUUUUAACUAAAAUCCUCUACCAUUUUUUUGGUUUUUAAGUUUUUUCUCAGUUCUAAGACAAGAGAUAUUCGGAAAAAAACAAAAUUAAUUAUCUGACUACACAUUCCUUAUUUAAAGUAAAUGUAAAGUUUUUUUGAUUUUUAGACUCUUCUGUUUAAUCCCAAAAGUCAAGAGAUUUUUUAGAUUUUUUUUAAAAAGAAAACAAAAUUUGAAUGAAAAAUAUUCUUAUUAAUUAUACAUUUUGUUUUAAAGUAUUUUGAAUUUAAAAAUGUGACACCCUGUUAAAUAACAUUAACUUUAUUUCAUAAAAUAUAAUUUACCUAGUACAAUAGCUAAGUAUUUUUCAAUUUGAAUAAAAUGGAAUUUAUAUAGGUUUAAUCCUGUCCAUCGGAUAACUUUGUAAUCUAUCGGCUUCAUAUUUAAUGCCGUUCAUUAAUUUGUUUUUUAAUUGUAUGUUAUUUUUCUAUUACCGAUUGGUGUUAAAUAAAAUAAAUAAAUAAAUAAUUAUAAUUUUCUUUUUUCCCCUUUUUAGAAUUAUGAAUUCAUUUGAUGUUAAUGAAACAGUUGAAUGUUCGUCUGAAGAACUAAUUGAUUGGGGUACUCCUGAAAUAGUAAUAAAUACAACUCAUGGAGGAGAUUAUUAUAAUAACCCGUUUGAUGCAAUGGAGCUAAAAGCAGCUAAUAUGGAUCCUUUUGAUUUAGUUUCUAAUCAAACGACAUUAAGAGAAGAUAAUAAUAUGUCAUGUAGUAACUUAUUGACAACUUCGUGGAAGUUGGAAAUUGGGCAGAUAAGGAAGAGUAUGUCAUUAACAGAUAUUGACAGUGUUGCGGCAAAUUUACAACUGAAUGGUCAAAAUCAUACAGGAAACAUAGAAUCUUUAAAUGUUAAUGGUAACAAAAUAAACACAAAUUGUAGUACAGUAAACAAGGAUGAAUAUCUCAUAGAAAAUCAAAGUUAUGUUUCAAUAAAUAUGGAUGAUAGUGAAGAAUUAAAGAAUGAUUCUAUAUCAACAUCAACGUCAGAAUAUUAUAAUGUUUAUAUAGAAAAAAUGGCAUUAUGUAAUGAAGAAGAAAAACAGAAGAUUAGAGAAAAAACACAACAACGAAUUAAGAUGCUUAUUGAAAGAGGAAAAAAACAUUAUGAAGAAAAUUGUACACAAAAGUCAUUAUUUUAUAUGUUACAGAACCGCACUGAGUCAAAUUUGAACAUUACUGAAAAUUUAAUUAAUAAUGGAUUUAUACAGAAUCGUUCUAAUAGUAUUUCGGAUACCUUUAGUAAAAUAACCGUAAGUAAUUAUAACUAAAUUUAUAAUUUUAUUUUCUUCGUGGAAAUUAAACAUUGUAUUAAAAUAUUCAAUUUUUGCUGUGUACUACAAGAAUUUUAUUUUGUGUCAUUAUUUAGAAUAAUACUACUGAUAUCAAUGAUAAUAACACAUUGAAUAAUGAUAGUUUAUUGUAUUUAAAUCAAGAACAAAAUUCUUUUGAUUUAAAUGCUUUAAAACCAGAAUGGGUGAUGGAUAAUUUCAGUGAUACUGAUGGAUCUGUAGAAGUUCAAACUGUAAGACCACAUAAAUAACUAUUUAUUUAUUUUAAUUAAUUUUAUAAAUGCAUAUUUUAAGGAAAAAUCUGAAUCGGUGGUUGAAAUUAUUAACAGCAACAAUCAAAUUGAUGAGAAGUUGAAAACUCUUAAUCAUAUUGGUAAUAAAAAUUUGAAUAUAUUAUUUUUACUAUUACCUAAAAAUAAAAUUAUAUCAUUAAUGACAAUGUUAUUAAAAACAAAAAUUAACAUAUUUAUUAAAUCUAUAAUUUAGAUAUUAUUUUCUUUAUUAUUUUAGGAACUAUUGAAUCAAAACUAAUUGGAUGUCAGGCUUUAAAAUCAAUCCAGGAUAAAAAAAAUGUAGGUCCUAUUUUAGCAACUGUUCCUGUCCAUCAUAUGGUGCAAAAUUAUGAUGAUGUGAAAAUAAAAAAUAUGUGUAGUAGUACAUCAAUCAAUUCUCAUGAUCAAGUAAAUUUAUAUUUCAAAUAUGUUUUAAUUAAAAUAACUCUUCAAACUUUAUACUUCAUAAGUUUUGUAUUUAAAAUUAUCUAAUGCUAUCUGUUUUGUCUUUAGAUAAAACCUGUUGCCUCUUCUACGCCAACAUUAAAUGUUACUAGUACACUUCAAACUCCUUCAUCAGAGGAGUGUUCUAUAACAGCUUGGUAAGUUCUUCGAUGCACAAAAAAACCUUAAAUAUUUAAACAAUUCACAAAUAAAAUUCUAAAGUUCAAUUAAAUCCAAACAAAUAUUGUAUUACUUAUUAUUUUAAUUUGAUGUUGAAUUGAUGAACACGAAAUAUGCAACAUAACAUUCUUUAAUAUUACACAAUUAUUGACAAAGUAUUUGAUAAUAAUUUAUUCUUAGCUUGCUAACUAUUUCCGAAUAUGUUUUUGAAAAAAAAAUGAAUUACUUGGUUAAUACAUUUAUUUACUCGUGGAAGAAUUAAAACUAAAAUACAACUAUCAACGCCCAUCUUAUUUUGUGUUAAAAUAUGUAGUUUAAUUUAAUUUUUUUUUUUUUUAAAUAGUUCUCAACAAUCAGUGGCCAAUGCUGUUGGAAGUCCAAAAACACCAUUGAAUGUCACAAAAUGUAUUAAACAGAACUUAACUAAUGUAAGCCUGUUAAAUUUAAUUUCUAAUAAAAAAAAAAAAAAAAAUGUUUCUUAUAACUUUUCUUGUUUGUUAUUUAGUUGUGUAACAAAGAUAAUAUAAUUACACUAUCAAAUGGUACACGUUUGUUCAAUACAGCAAAUAAACGUUCUAAUGUAAGUAUACUAAAGGAGAAAUCAAUUACUCAUAUUAAUACACGUACUUUGUAUUUUAGACUACAAUUGAUAUGUUCAAUGAAUCUGUUAAAAAGAAGAAUGAAAUUAUAAAAUCUUUUCAGUCAAAUAAAUCUAAAGUAAGAUUAUUUAUAGUUUUUAUAUUGAUCGUAAAUAAUAUAUUAUACUAAUUUUAGUCUGAAAGUAUAAUUGGGAAGAUACCAAAACCAUUGGCACUGAAAACAAAUAGAAUGAGUGUAAGUUUAUCACAUAUUUGUACAUACAUGUAAUAUGUUAUUUUAUUUAAUAUUUUUAAUAUACAAUUAUUAUUUGCUAAUUAUUGAUUAUAACUAAAAAUACUGUCUAUAGAGCCUGCCAAUACCAAAACGGUCAAUUAUUUCAUUCAAAGGCAAGGAAAAUGUAAAACUUAAGUGAACUUUUAUUGUGACAUUGUAAUAUUCUUGUAUACAAUUAAUAUUGUGUAUUUAUUGUUGAGGUAUUGUAAUUAAUUGUAUAGAAGACUAUUACCAUCACAAAUGUAUUAAUUCAUAUUUGGAAGGUCAAAAUUAAUCAUAUUUAUAAACAUGUUCAAUUUUUUUUCUAUGAUGUUUUAUGUGUUUAAUUAAGUAAACUUUUUUUUUGAAUCAAACAUUAAUUUUUAAGUCUGAUAUUUUGUAAAACCAUGAUAAUUUCAUAUUUUUAGUUAUUAAAUAAAAAGCAC